AGGCAGCACCAUCCCACACCCUCCCCCCCAAAGACUGUUCUCAUUCUCCCUUCUCACUCCAAUCCUCACUCCCAGUAUCUCUUCACCAUGCUGUGGGUGUGGGUGUGUUGCCUCGCGCUGGCGGCGGCCUUCCCUGAGGAGCCCGCCAGUAUGUCAGAGGUGGCCGGGGAGUCAAUGGAGGAACUGGAAGCGAGAGCGAGAACCUUCCUGGCUGAAAUAGACGCAAGAGGAUCUAGGGAGUGCACGCAGGCGACCACAGCCAAUUGGAACUACGCUUCAGACAUCAAUGAAAAGCACAGGAAGGAAAAGGCAGCGGCGCAGAUCAAAUAUGCAUCCUGGGAGAAGGAAUCAUGGCAUAAAGUGAACGAGUGGAAAGGAACGUGGCAGAAACUAAGUGACCCUUCCCUCAAGAGACAGUUCAAGUUCCUGUCCAUCCUCGGCACUGCUGCGCUGCCCAAGAAGGAGUUAGAGAAGUACAACAACCUGAUCACGGAGAUGGGGACAAUUUAUAGCACUGCCAAGAUUUGCGACUACAAGAAGACAGGAUCCUGCAAACUGACCCUGGAACCUGAUCUAACGAGGAUCCUGCGCACCAGCCGGGACUAUGGUGAGCUGGAGCACGUGUGGAAGAUGUGGCGUGAUGCUUCAGGGAGGCGUAUGAAGAACCACUACCACCAAUUUGUUCAGCUCGCCAACAAAGCCGCCAAACUCAAUGAUUUUGAGAACAUGGGUGAGAUGUGGAUUUACCCUUACGAGUCGGCCACCUUCCGCGAUGACCUGCGCCACCUGUUCAUGCAGCUCAAGCCUCUCUAUGAACAGCUGCACGCCUACGUCAGGAGGAAGCUGCGGGAGCAUUAUGGCGAGAUGUACGUGACCAAACGUGGCCCAAUCCCGGCACACCUUCUGGGCAAUAUGUGGUCACAGUCCUGGGCUGAGAUUUACGACCUGGCCAUCCCAUACCCUGGCAAGACUUCAGUGGAUGUGACACCUCAGAUGGUGCAGCAGGGUUACGAUGCACGCAGGAUGUUUGAACUGUCCGAGGAGUUCUUCACGUCACUCAACCUGACACGCAUGCCGGAAGAAUUCUGGCGGAACUCUAUCAUUGAGAAGCCACAAGGACGCGAGCUGGUGUGUCAUGCCUCGGCCUGGGACUUCUGUAAUGGCCAGGACUUCAGGAUCAAACAGUGCACAGAGGUCACAAUGCGAGACCUGAUCACUGUGCAUCAUGAAAUGGGCCACAUUCAGUAUUACCUGCAGUACAAGCACCUUCCUUUAGUGUUCCAGCAAGGAGCCAACCCAGGUUUCCACGAGGCAGUGGGUGACGUGCUGGCUCUGAGCGUUGCCACACCAAAGCACCUUAAUAAAGUUGGACUCCUGGACCAUGUGGAAGACAACCCUGAAGUGGAUAUCAAUUUCCUGAUGAACAUGGCGCUGGACAAGAUCACCUUCCUGCCGUUUGGUUACCUGAUGGACCUCUGGCGCUGGGACGUGUUCAGUGGUCGAGUGCCAUACAGUGAUUGGAACUGUUUCUGGUGGCAGCUGAGGUAUGAACUCCAGGGAAUCAAGCCUCCAGUGAUGAGGUCUGAGUAUGACUUUGACCCCGGAGCGAAGUAUCACAUUGGAGCUAACGUGCCGUACAUCAGGUACUUUGUGAGCUUUGUGGUUCAGUUCCAGUUCCACAAGGCUCUGUGCUUAAAGGCCGGGGAAUAUGACCCACAGAAUGCCUCCAAACCUCUUCAUAAGUGUGACAUUUACCAUUCCACUGAGGCCGGCAAUGCUCUGGGAGACAUGCUGCAGAUGGGUUCGUCGAAAGAGUGGCCUGACGCUAUGGAGGCGCUGACAGGUGCCCGAGAGAUGGACGCCUCAGCUAUCAGGGAGUACUUUAGCCCUCUGGAGAAGUGGCUGAGGGAGGACAAUGAGAAGCACGGGGAGUUUAUUGGCUGGGAGACUGAUGAAACGCUCUGCUCCUCUGAGGGAAUGAGUGAGGGUGCUACGAGUGAACCAACAUCCAGUGCUCCCUGCUGCUCCCCUGCCUCCCUGCUGCUGCUGCUACUGGUGGCUCUGCUCGCCCACUUCCACUGAUCCACUCACCCACUGACCCGCCUGUUCCCACACAUCACUCCGCCCUUUACUCUUCCACACCUACACUGAAUCUCCACCUCAUGUUUUUAAUUGUCCUCCACUUUUUGUUGUUUCACUUCAUCACUCUCAGAAUCUCCACUUUUUUUUGUAUUUCUAAGUGUGGUUAAGUUUUUAUUCUAUUAUCCUCACUCUAUUUCUAUUGUUGCACCUUCGAUUAUUAUAUUCCAUUUGUUCAUUCACCUGUACUCUCUUCUCUAUCUCUCUGUGUUCUGUUUCUCUGUUGCUCUUUCCUCCUGGUGCUCCAUUCAACACUCCUUGCCUGACACUCUCCAUGCUCACCAGUGCCAGUGUUCAGGGCCAUGUCACUCUUUAUCGGGUGACAAGUGGAGUGAAAGAUUUAUUUUUUAACGUUUUUUUUUCUCAAGGGAAUUUAUUUAUAUUUUCCUGAGGGUAUUUGUUGGUUGAACGGUGUCAUUUUAACCGCUAGAGGCUUUUUAUCAAAGAUGGAUUAUAAAAAAGAUAUGUUUUAAUAUAUUUUUAUAGAGCGAAUUAAAUAUGCCUUGUAUUUAUGAGGAAGGUUGUGAAGAUGUUAUUGUUAUUCUUGUGCCUUUUAACAGAUGUUUCACCUGCAAAGAACACAUCUACGAAAUGACAUUGAAAGUGACCAAGGCAGGGACAGAUCUUUAUUAAUAUUAACACUAGUGAGAAAUUUUAACAAAGAUUUUAUGAACGAUCUAUUUGUAUAUUUGUUGUAAAGACUUGUACUUAUACCGACAGACUUUGAUAGAAAUUUUGCUGCAUGUGAUAGUUGUAACUUUGCCCUGAGUGUGUGAGUGGAGAGUUUCCUUCCACUGCCACUCACUGUGAAGGCCUUCCUGAGUGUAAACAGCAGAUUGACCAUGUGUACAUUAUGCUUACUGUACAACAAUGAAUAGCUGUCCUGCAGUAAGAAUUGACAAACUA